AUGCCUUCUAGGGCUUCGCUAGUUAUCAUGAGCGCUCAGGUUACCCAGGUCUGCCCGGCUCCAGUUCAUACAGACGGCAAGUCGUUUCGCACUCGCACUGGUCUCCCAUCAAUGUACCAACCUCGGGCCACCAUGAAGGCCACUUCGACAUCCACGGACGAAUGCUAUGCCAAACUCAUCGAGGCGGAGGAAAUCGAGGAAGGUGUAAACACCGUCACCAAGCGCUGA